UGUUGUGAAGGCUGACGUGACAGCCAGCUGAUCAAGCAAGAUGCCGGUUCGUCUUCUGGUCGUCCUUGGUCCUCAAGUCUUCGGCGUCUUUCUCAUCAUCUUGGCGAUCACGCGCAACCUCCAGACGACUGUGCUCACGCUAGUCUUGCUCGGCGCGUGUUUGUAUCAUUUCCGCAUCGCUCCCGUGAGUGAGAAGGCAGUGGAAGCGGUGCUAGGGCGGUCUCGAGUCGUCGGGCACCGGGGCGCCAGUCGUCAGGCCCCCGAGAACACUAUCGCCGCCAUCCGGACGGCUAAGAAGAACGGAGCUGACAGCGUUGAGUUUGACCUUGAGUACACCAAGGACGGGGUCCCAGUCCUACUGCACGAUGACACGGUGGACCGUACCACUGACGGGACGGGGGACAUCAAGGACCUCACCUUUGCUGAGGUUCAGCAGUUAGAUGCUGCUGCUAAACACCCAGAGGCGUCAAAGUUCAAAGUUGAGAGGAUACCCACACUGGAAGAGGCAGUAAAAGAGUCCCUGCAACUUGGCCUUGUCAUGUACAUAGAUGUGAAGAGGCUACCGGAAAAUUCAGCAGAGACCCUACACACCUUGUUCCAGAAGUACCCAGACCUGUACAAGUCUGCUGCGGUGGUGUCCUUCCUACCAACUGUCAUCUACAAGAUCCGAUCUCAAGACCCAAACAUUGUGACAGCACUGACCUGGAGACCCAGAUUCUUCAGCUACAGCAGUGUGGAUGGGGAGCCCAAGUACAGCCAGACAUGGAAACACUUCCUUUACAGUUUCUGGGAUGUUGUGUAUGAAUACCUCCUGCACUACUGGCUGUGGUACAUAGAGGGCGUUUCAGCUGUCAACAUGAACAACCAUAGCAUAUCCAGAGAGUAUGUGAAGUUUUGGGCUGACCGAGGAUGCCCGAUGCUGGUCUGGACAGUCAAUGACCCUGACGAGAAGAAUUACUUUUCCAACACUCUCGGUGUCAUUUAUAUGACUGAUGACCUACCUCCACAAUAGUGAAAUACUGAAGGGAUUUUUCUUUUUUUUUGGGGGGGGGGGGGGAUGUUCUCUUAUACCAGGAAAGGGAGUUUGCCGAGGAAAGGAGUUUCCACAGCAGGCUCCCUUUCCUGGCAUAAGAAAACCUAGCCAACGCUAAAACUCGUGAACCACCCCCCACCCCUCUAAAAUAAAACCCAGCCUUGUUCAAAGACGGCGACAGGGGGUAGAAGGGAACAUUGUUUUUAAAAUGUUGUUGAAUACCCACAUGCUGCCACAAUUCAAUAUCAGGGUUUUUUGUGUGCAUUGUUGCAGAAAUGUACUUUAAGUUUAGAGAUGCUUGUAUAAUGUAAUAGAAAUGGAGGUGCUCUUAUUUUUUUGCAUAGACGGUUGAUACAAGUGGAACUGAAAAUACACGUACCAGUUUGACACAAGUUUUUACAGUGGUGAGAGGAGCUGUUUUAGUAUCUCUUUCGGAAUUCUUUUUUAGCCUCAAUAUUGAGCCUAAUUUUAUUGUUCAUCACAAACUUUAUGGUUUUGUGAAAUGCGAAUAGUUUGCUUUAUCUAUGCAUUUGCAGAGUGUGGAAUUCUUUGCUAUGGCCACUAAAGUUUUUGACAUUAAAUUCUCAAACCUUGUAGCUAGGACACUUCAUUUGACAUAGUAUGAUAAUUUAUAUAAUGUGCUUUGUUACAGGUGCACAUGAGCACAAUUUUCACAACUUCAAAGUACUGUACUUACCAAAAAAAUGUGUAUGUCAGGGAAGUUUUUUUUCCUCAAUUCUAUGCAUACAUGAUAUUUAUGUUAUUUUUCAACAAAGUGACACACGUAAUAAAGUUAACUCAUGCCCUUUAA